AAGUGCUGGGGGAAAGGGGACACAGGAUCUUUCAGGACAGCUGAGCUUCAAUCUGCCUGGUACUGGCCAUAUCUCAGUUCCUUCAGUAUGGUGGGCAUCAACAGCAAUGAAUCCAGUGCCACGUACUUCAUCUUAAUAGGCCUCCCAGGGUUAGAAGAGGCUCAGUUCUGGUUGGCUUUCCCAUUGUGCUCCCUCUACCUUAUUGCUGUGCUAGGUAACUUGACAAUCAUCUACAUUGUGAGGACAGAGCACAGCCUACACGAGCCCAUGUAUAUCUUUCUUUGCAUGCUUUCUGGCCUAGACAUCCUCAUUUCCACCUCAUCCAUGCCAAAAAUGAUGGCCAUUUUCUGGUUCAAUUCUACUACUAUCCAGUUUGAUGCUUGUCUGGUACAGAUGUUUGCCAUCCAUUCCUUGUCUGGCAUGGAGUCCACAGUGCUGCUGGCCAUGGCCUUUGAUCGCUAUGUGGCCAUCUGCCAUCCUCUACGCCAUGCCACUGUGCUUACAUUGCCUCGUGUUGCCAAGAUUGGAAUGGCUGCUGUGGUCAGGGGUGCUGCACUAAUGGCACCCUUACCUGUCUUCAUCAAAAGGUUACCAUUCUGUCGUUCCAAUAUUCUUUCUCAUUCCUACUGCCUACACCAAGAUGUCAUGAAGCUGGCCUGUGCUGACAUCCGUGUCAAUGUCAUUUAUGGCCUCAUUGUCAUCAUCUCUGCCAUUGGCUUGGAUUCACUUCUCAUCUCCUUCUCAUAUUUGCUCAUCCUUAAGACUGUGUUGGGCUUGACACGUGAAGCCCAGGCAAAAGCAUUUGGCACGUGUGUCUCUCAUGUGUGUGCUGUUUUCAUAUUCUAUGUUCCUUUCAUUGGAUUAUCAAUGGUUCACCGUUUUAGCAAGAGGCGUGACUCUCUCCUUCCUGUCAUUAUGGCUAACACCUAUCUGCUCAUUCCUCCUGUGCUCAACCCCAUUGUCUAUGGAGUCAAGACAAAGGAGAUCCGGCAGCGUAUCCUACGGCUUUUUCUCACAACCCCACAUACUUCAGAUCACUAGGAAUCUGUGAUGAAACCUCCCUCCAUUCAAAGUUCUCUAAUUCAUACUUUACUAUUAGCAUCUUGGAAGACAGUAUUAAGAAAACAAAUCUUUCUUAAUCAAAGCACAGCAUGGAUCUUUCAAAGAUGAAAGUGGCUGUGGAAUUUCCAUGGGAAUAGAAUAAAACCUGCAAUCUCCAUUUUCUAACACCAGAUUCCAUUUUGUUUUUUCUCUAUAUGAUCAUUAAGACCAACACUUGUGUUUUGAAGGCUAUUAUCUCCCAUUUUAUCACCACUUACAAGAUGGUUCAUAGCAUUUGGAGAUGGAGCAACACAUCAAAAUUGUUUAUCAAAGGAAGGACAAAAGGAAAGAAAAUAAACACAAGACUAUAAUAAAAUUAUAUAAGAUAGAUUAAAACUCCAAUUUCCUCAUCAGAAUUCACAAUGACUUUGGAUUUCUAAGAAGUUAUAACUGGAUUUAUUCUUCAAAACAAUUUCCAAAGAAAUCAUUGUUUUUCUUCUGGGUCUCAGGCCAUGAAAAACUUCAUUUGCCUACAAUAUGAUGACAUGACACACUUUGUUAUGACAGUUGUUACAGCCAUGAAGACUUUUUUUACUUAUUUAAGUUCAUCAACUUUUUAUUUGUACCCUGAUUGCACCAAUGUGGAAACGGAUAUUUCCUGGGAACCAGUGAAUUACAUACAAUCAUGGAAGCUUAAAAACAGAAGAAAAUAAUGAAAUUUUCAUGUCCAGUCCUAUGGCAUGUAGAAGAAUUGUUAAAUAGACUUGUGGGAUGUUGAGUUGGAAAUCUCCAGAAUCUUACAUUCCUUUUGGAGGAGGCAUUUUCAUUUAUCUAGGGCUGCUUUGGGGAACUUCCUACCAACAGAAGGCUUUAAUUGUGCCAGUAGACAUUGCUCUGUGUUCUAGCCCAAUCACCACUGUGCCUGUACAAUGGAGUGUUCCCAGAUUUAUUUAUUUAUUUGAGAAACAGUAUGAAUAGUUGAAGAUUUCCUGAGUGUCUGAGGGACACUUUAAGGGAAGGAGUUGAGAAUAUUUAUCAGCUUGUGGUAUAAAGAAAGGAGGAUAGUCACCACAGAAUAGAGUCAAGAGCAAGAGUCAUGAGACUGAAUAGGGUCAUUAGCUCACAUGGCUGAACAGGAAGUAAGACUAGCAGAAAGGUGGGUCUAUAGAAAAUAAGGAUCACAUAUAUAAACAAACACCACAGACACCCAGGGCUUUAAGCUGUGUUGCAAUGAGAGAAAUAAGGACUGCAUUUCUGCCAAUUGCACAUACCAUAGAUAUAGACUUAAGGCCUACCUAGGAUUCCUACACAGUAGCUAGAGUAUUUCCAGGAGUGGGAUGGCCACUGUGGGAAUUGAAGGAGUGGAGCUGGAGUAGACUGAUCAAGGAUUAGGAUCAUCAUCCACAGAAAAGCCAUAAUCAGAUCCAGUGUGUAGUUGGUGAACAUGAGAAAUAGGCACAAAGUAGGGGCAGGGGAGAAUUUCCUGGCCAUGGCUAGCAGCACAGAGACCCACUUGUAUUUCAACUUCUUGGACUAUACUCCAGAAUAUAAGAAUUGUGGAUAUGAUAGAAUUGGCUAGGUCAAGGUGAGGGGUGGCCAAAGGAAAUAGCAUGAAAUGUACUCAGUGCAAGAUUUGGUCACUUUGAACU